AUGUACGUCGCCUCCCCUGCAACCAAUGGCUUCAAGCUUUGCAGAACGAUGGGCUCCCAUGCAUUGAGUGCAACGCAACAAAACUCACUUUCGAAGCGGUUGCCUACUUUCCAGCAAGACGCACCACAAUUCAUAACGGCGAUUCCUACAGACCCAGCAAGCCCGUGGACGAAGGACACGUUCAUCCACUUGUUCGACUCUCUUGUUCAUGAGGACGAUGUUAGCGAGCCAGAGUUCCGCAACAUCUUGCUUUUUUGCGGCAGUGCUGAAGGAUCCAUCGAGCUUCCGAAAAGUCUAGAACAGCACAUCCAUAGACUUGGUUUGCAGUACCACGUGGUGGAAGUCAACGAUGAUUCCCAUCGGAAGCGAGACUCUGGUGAUAUGGCUGAUGUUGCCAUACCCGGCGGUGCGUAUCUCUGGGCAAAUCGACGUCUGCAGCCUGUGUUUCGCCUUUAUGAAGACAAACAGUCCUGUCUCGUGCAUUACCUCCUGAGACCGGCUGGAGAAAGACAACACAAGCAACUCCAACUUACAGGCCGAAAUGUCCAGUCGUUCUACGCUGCAGUACCUAGCCGGAUCCCAGACCUGGUCAAAUCUCAGUCUUCAAAGCCCUUCGCUGGCAAGCGUGUGUUGGUCAAAGACGUGUUCGACAUACAUGGCAUCCGAACCACUCUUUGUGAUCGGGCUUACUAUGACAUGUCAAGCCCAGCGCCGGAGACUGCUCCGGCAAUUCAGAUGUUGAUCGACCAAGGUGCCGAACUGGUUGGCACCACCAAGCUGAGCUCAAUGAUCUCUUGGGAAGAGCCCAGCGAAUGCAUGGACUACUCAGCUCCUUUCAAUCCUCGAGGAGACAAUUACCAGUCCCCCGCAGGAAGUAGCAGCGGCAGUGCGGCUGCAGUCGCUGCAUAUGAAUGGCUGGAUUAUGCGAUAGGCACAGACUCAACCGGCAGCUGCCGACGCCCAGCGAUGGUAAAUGGUUGCUUUGCAAUUCGGAUCUCCAAGGGGAAACUCCCAUCGGAAGGCAUGGCGCCUUGCUUCCCCUUGUUCGAUACUCCGGCCGUGUUCGCUCGUGACAUUUCCGAUCUAAGCUUCUUCGUCAAGCAUUGGGGCCUCGAUAGCCUUGAGGAAUGUAGACAGCAUCCGAGCUCAAUAAUCCUGCCGCUGGAGUACAUUGAUGCGAUUCGCAGUCGCCAUCAACGAGCCAUUCUUGACACACUUGUCGACGACCUCCAUGAAUGCACCAAGAUUGAUGUACAUAGGAUCUCUCUGCAGGCCUUGUGGGACUCUAAUCCCCCAGCGGAAGCAGGAGGCCAGAGCCUCCACGAGUUCCUCCAGGACGUAGGACCUCACGCCUUCUUUUUCGACUUCUAUCACUCCACCGAUCAGUUCCGUCAGAACUACUUUGACAAACACCAUGCUUCGCCGCCAGUGAAUAGAAUGACAGCUUACCGAUGGGAUAUGGGAAGUCGCAUUACAGCGCAGCAGCGACACCAUGCUGGCCGCCGGCUUGAAAUAUAUAAAACUUGGUUGUUGAGCCGACUCCUUUGUGGAGAGAAUCCAAUUGUUGUGCUGCCGAUCAUGGAUGCUGAGCCAAACUACAGAGAUGACCAAGUAUGUGGACUGCCGACCGUCCAGGAGGCUUGGGAUCAGUUGUGGCUGUCCCCAGUGCUUGGUUCUCCAGAGGUUACAGUGCCUAUCGGCCAAAUUCCAUACAUGUCGAAGAAGACUGGUGCCGAGGAAGUGCUCCCGGUGGCGGUAUCCAUCAUGGGUCUCCCAGGGACAGAUUGCUCCCUGGUUGCGAGCGUUGAGACCAUGCUGAGGCAAUCGGGCCGUCCCCUUCGAGUGGCUUCGGGAAGGCAAAUGUUCGUGGAAGACUGGGAAGUGGUAUGA